GUAUUUUCUUAUGUUAAAAAUGCCUUGCCUAAUGUGGAAACCUUUGUAUUGCUUUAAAGGACCAACCCUCAGGGAACAAAGUAGGCUCCCUCAGUCCUUGGCAGAGGGAUUCUCCUCGGCCUCCUCUGCGCCAUCUGCUGUGGAGAUCUCAAUCCCAGAGAGACCUUGCAGCUCCAGUGUGGAGGAGAGUACCGCGAUCUUCCACCCCCACCGAUUCGGCGGCGAGGACAGGGCUGCAAUUUCUAUCUCCAAUGGACCGGACAGCGACAGCGUGGAGGACAGCGUCUCAAUAGCUGUCACCGAGGCACCUGGCAGGGACAGCACCGAAGGCAGCAUCGCAGUCUCCAUCGCUGAAGGUCUGGACACCGACAGCUCUGAGGACAGCGUCGUGAUCUCCUUCUCCGAUGGACCGUACGGCGACAGCGCCCAGGUCAGCCUCAGGCUCUCCAUCCCCCGGAACCCAGCAGCAACAGCGCGGACUGAGGAAACAGCACGGAGGCGGCGGAGAACCGAGCAGCGUGGCCUGGGGCUCGGUCUGCAAGGGGCGGGCUUGGCUGCGCCCCCGUGGUCCUUUCCGUGCGGGGAGCACGUUCGCCUGGCUCGGGUUUCCCUUUUCCUUUAACCGGAACCGGUUCUGAGCCGGGAGUUCGCGGGGUUUCCGUGGUCACGCGUACCCCUUCAACGGGUGUGGAAACUGGCGUCUUCCCGCGUCCCCCGCGUGGCCCGCUGAAGAGGUCACCGGCUUUUGUCCCCGCUCAGAGCCGCGGCUGGGUGACACAUGGCCUCGCAAGAGCCUGCUCGCCCCCGGGCUGCGGGCCACCUUCACCAGCCCAACCUGGGAGGCUGUGCUGCUGGGCAGAGAUGGCAGUGCUGACCUGCGGUGCUGGUGGCCGCGCCGCACAGCGCCUGAUCCCAAGGCGUGAGGUCCGUACUUUCUGCUG